UGGCCACAAGAAGCACAAGAAGAUGAAAUAUUAAUGAAGCAUGAAAAGAAUUUGUCAGUUGCUGACUAAGAAACAAGAGGCAGCCACAUGAAAAUACCAAAUGCCAACUUCUGUCAGUUGACAAUGAACUCCAGGGACUUAAGUUGCAUGUGAAAAAGAAGCAGAUUCAGCCAAGAAUCUUAAUGAAUUUGGAAGUGCAUUUCACCUCACAUUUCUAUAACAUAUGACAGAUUGUCCCAAAUUUUGACUUGAACCUUUUAUGGCCCGAAGUAGAGAACCAAUCACUCAGAAUUUGAGCUGCAGAACUGCACGUUAAUAAAUGAGAAACGGAUGGUGUUUUAAGCCAUUCAAUUUGGAGUCAUUUGCUUUGUGGCCAUCAAUCUAAUACACGCACUCUGUGCCCAGAUCCUAAUGAGGAGUCCACCACAAACAGCUGACUCAAGAAGCAGUAACUUAGACCUGGCUUGGAGAUGGAAGUGAGAUAAUCAAUACAGUAAAGUGAGACUGGCAAGCUUGGGAGUUCUCCCUUGCCCUCUCUCCAGCCCAGCCCAGUCCAUGACACCCCUCCUCACCUCUCUGUGAUCUUGGAACCACCGACCUGCCAGCUAUGGUAGCUCUGAAUGCCAGCAGACUGUCAGCCACUGGAGGGGACAACUUGGAGUUCCCCACGAGUCUGUUCUCAGGCAUCAGUCACUGUUUGAUAUGCCCAGCCACUCCCUGUGAAGCACAAAUGUGUCCUGAGCUACAGUCUCAGAGCUUGAUCUGGGUGUACUGCCCAGCUCUGCCUCUAGGGGAAGCUAGCAAUUCCCAGAGGGCAGGGCUGUCUGAUGUGAAGACCACGGGCAACCUGGGGUAGUUUUGAUAGCUCAAGGAAUACUUCCGAUUUUCACGUAGGAAUGUCACAUGCUGUAGCAAUCUGAUACAGACACUUCUUAAAAUUGCUUUAUAUUUUUCCUGCGUGGUUUUGCAUCCAUUAGGAUGAUCAUAUAAUUAUCUUUCUCUCUCUCUUAAUACAGUAUGUUAGCUGCUUCUUGCUUGUCAGGUAUGAAUUUGUUGUUUUGUCCUGCUGGGCAAAAAAGAGUCUGGUCCCUUUAAAAGUUUUCCAUCUAGGAAGUGACACAGAAGAUGGUCUGUAGGGGUGCCAGACAAAGUGGAAAGGGAAGUUCGGUUUUCUGGAUCUCAUGGACUGGCAGGGUUCUCCUGGAGGGUACCAGGAUUGGCAACACCGCAUUCUGGCGCCGCACCGAGCUAUUGCAGUGGCCAGCCUGGGCAGGGAAGCGUGACCAACAGCACUCUGCUCCCCCAUACUUCUGGCAGCAAUCUGUUUCUCUGGUGAACCACCAGGUGGUGUUCAGUACUCCCGAAAUCAAUCCCUAGGAGUCGCAUCUGCCACAAGCCACAGCGGGAGAGCAAUUUUCUAGAAAGUCUCCCAGUCGCGGCACUACAAUAUUACCAUUCCUGGCUAGGUCGAGAUUUCAGCACCUUGAGAAGGAAAAGCCUGUUUUUAGUCUCUCAUUUAGCCCUGGAAGGCAUCCCUUCCCUUAUUGUCUGUGUUCCCUAUUGGUGGAGCACUAUCUUUGGCUGAGUGCCGGAGACUUUUCUUGAGCUAUCUUGGGGUAGCUGUGCUGAGUGGGACUUUCUGGAAUGUUCUACUGAUCUACCUCAGGCCUCUGGGGGGACUCCUGCCGGAGGUUUUCCAUUUUCUUGGGAACUCUUUUCUUUGGGGCGGAGGGAGAGGGUGCUUUGACGUAGGGCGUGGCUUUCCCUUGGAUGAACCAUCUCAGCCCUGUGGACUCUCCGCGGGAUCUGGAACGCAGCAGCUGGAUUUCUCUGCUGAUUGAGGUGGAUCGCUUCUUUGCUUCUCAACUAUUUUGAAAAUGAUGGCUGGCAAAGGAGAUGAACUUACUGUCCAACUUGAAAGUACCUUGAAACGUCCUAGGGAAAAUCAGAGUCCAAAAGUAUCUAAGAGAAAGCCCAGUGCAUCCCUGCCAUUAAGCAAACAGGAAGAAGAGAAACAAUCCCUCUCUGUGAACUCUUUCAUGUUCAAGGCAGUGGGUUCUACUGUCGUUCAUGAUGUCCACAAUAAGAAGAUGGAAAGUCUUCAGUCACCUGCUCAUUCUGUUUCAAAAUCUGCUCCAUCAGAGAAGAUGAGUAUGGUAGAAGAUUAUUUGCUACCCGAGCCACUGCCUUUGGAUGACCUCACCAGUCCCACCCAAGAUGGGGCGAUACACAAGCCUGGUGGGAAGGCACAUGUGCGAGGAAUCAAUACCAGCAACAUCUCUACAGAUGAGGCAAAAGCUGAAGAAAUGUCCUCUUUGCCAAAAAAUCCAGACAUAAUUAACGCUGAUAUAAAACAGCAAUUAAUGAAGGAAGUUCGACAGUUUGGACGAAAAUAUGAAAAAAUCUUCAAAUUGCUUGAAGGAGUGCAAGGACCUCCCGAGGUCAAGAAACAGUUUGUUGAAUUUACCAUCAAGGAAGCGACAAGAUUUAAAAGACGAGACUUGAUUAAGCACCUUGAGAAUAUACUAGAAAAGACCGUUGCUGAAUGCUGCCUCAACAAAGAUAAUCACUCUCUCGACAAAUAAUCCUGUUACCACAACAGUUAGUGGGAAAAAAUGCCAUAUUGCUGUGUGUUGGAAAAAAAAAAGUUGAAUAUUGCUUAUGCCCCUUAGACUAUGUUACUUGACUUUUAAUGUUAUGAAUUUUUGUUAGUAAAAGUGGGGC